CUGGACCUUCAUCGGUUCUGCAGCCGUUCUGCUGAUUAGUGGAAUCAUAUCAAAUCGGCCACAUAUUAUCUGCUUUUCUCGUUGCUUGCGAUAAAGUUAAAUUGUUCCGAAGUGUACCAUUCGUCAGUCAGUAUAGUUUUUCAAUAAUUUCAAUUAAAAUGGCUCUGACUAAGUUUGCUACUCGCAAUCUUAUUUUACUCAGUGUUUUAAUACUAAGUGGGGCGGGUAGUAUUGGCGCAAGGUUCACUUCAGGUUAUUCGCAAUGUGGAAAAGGGAAGUCUACAUUGAAAGCCGUUUCAAUGCUUUUCCGGCAUGGGGAUCGAACACCAACGUUGGCAUAUCCAUUGGACCCUUACCGCGACUACCCUUGGCCCGGCGGUUUCGAGGCCUUGUCGGAGAAAGGGGCUCAACAACUGCAUACCUCUGGAAUCAUAAAAUCCGCUCGAUAUUCUUCCCUUUUUUCUACAAAUUGCGACUUAGCUGCGACCCACACCGUCGAUCUGGAUAAAAUUUUAGUUUUCAGUAGUUCCGCUCAGCGGUGUGUUGACACCGUUACAAACUUCUUAAAUGGAUUUAUUAAAGUCGAAUGGCCCUCAAGUCUAAUUAAUGUCAUACCACUGGAUCAGGAUGAGAUGUUAGCUGUGCCUGGAAAGCCAUGUCCGAAACACGAAAGUAUCAUAAGAACUGGGCCGAGUUUGGAUGAUCCUGACUUCAAGAAAAUUAUAGAUUUCGAAUCACCAGAAGGAAAAGAACUUUUGGCUUAUUUGGAGAAAAACACGGGCAUGCCUGUGUUUUCGUCCACUGUCCUUCACUAUCUUGAGGAUACUCUGUCAAUUCAAAAAAGCAACAAUCUUGAAUUACCUGCCUGGAGUGAAGCCGUUUAUGAGCCAUACCUCAAGCCCUUUGCUCUCGUUGUUUUCAAAGCUUGGGCCUCUUCGUAUUAUAUGGAAUUUCGCAGUUCAAUUUUACUUAGGAAUAUUACGAACAUAUUCGACAAUGUGAUCGCAGGAUCAGCCGAUCCAAACAUUUUGUUGUAUUCGGCUCACGACGCAACUAUUGGUGGAAUGCUUUAUUUCUUUGGCGUUUGGGAUCAGGUGCCUGGCGUACCUGCCUACGCAUCCUCACUCAAUUUGGAGCUUCAUGAAAAUGCAGAGAUAGACGACGAUUAUGAAGUGAAGUUGGUGUAUUUUCCAUCUUAUAACGGCGAAAAUCCUAUUGAAAUCAAGAUCCCGAAUUGUCAGGCACCGUGUCCUUAUAAGCAAUUCAAGUGGAAUUUCCAGCCAAGACUUACACCUAAUUAUGAUAGUGUCUGCUCGACAUGAGGAGCUGAAAAGAAUUCCAUACUAACGAAAAGUGCGCAAAAUCUGAUCAGUAUAGUGUGAUCACUAAGAGCAACUUGUAUCUAUGUCUUUUUCUGAAUAAAGCGACUAUCUGAA